CCUAUUUGUGUAGCUUUUGGGAAUUUGUUGGAGAAAAUACUAAAGAAAAGCAAAGAUCAAACACAUUGUAACUAACUAGUCAAAGGGAAGAACAGAGGAAAGGAAAGCAAGAUGCCUGAAGAGGAAGACCAAAUUGAAAGGGUAAGGGAGUUUGGGGUGGUUGACCAACGUGAUCACCGAGAAGUGUAUGGCUGGCAAUAUGAAAUUACUGAUCAAAGUUUCGUCGGUAAGAGUACCAAAAGCUGCGAGCUCAGCCAUCGGCAGCCAGAUUCACGAGGGAGGGUUGGGGACUGUGAAUUUACCAAUGAAGUCUUUGUCGUGGAUGAGCAGUAUGUAUGGGAAUCUCAAGCUGAUGGGUCAUUCACUGUCACUAGGGACACCUCUGGUGAAAACUUGGGCAAGGGUACCAAGAUCACACUUUUCCUUAAGGAGGACCAGCUUGAGUACCUUGAGGAGCACCGUCUCAAGGACCUGAUCAAUAAUUACCCUAAGUUCAUUAGCUACCGAAUUUCUCUGUGGGUUGGGAAUACAAGUAAGAAGGAGAUCUCGGAUGAUGAGGCUGAGGAAGAAAAGAAUCUCAAGUUUGGCAUCCAUGAUGAUUCCCAGAAAUUUUUUUUAUAAAAUUAUUUAAAUAUUUUAAUAAAUUUUUUUUAUAAAU